AUGAAGCUAAUAAUCAUCGCCGCCGCCACAUUGGCACUUGCUUCUGCUGGCAUAAUCGAGAAUGCUCUGAAGAUCGCCGUUGAGCAUGGGGACACCGAAGCAAUCCUGGAACUGCCCCAAAUUAUUGGUCAAGUCGAAUCCAACCAAGCCCUUCAGUCUCUCACCGGUGACUUCAAGGUAUCCGCCCUGAUCACCACAUUACAUGGGCUCACUUCUGCUGCACAGGCUCCCUUCAUCACGGUCGCUGCAUCCCUUGGCCUGGAGACUGAACAAUAUUGGGCUUCAAACUUCAUCCUCCUGAAAGGUCUGACUCCUGAGAAACUAUCUUCACUCGGAGCGAGACUUCACCGUCCGAAGUGGGGAGUAGCCAAAAUCUGGGCACCCGAAGCAUGGGCCAUUUCAACCGGAGAGGGUAGUGUCGUUGCAAUAAUCGACACAGGUGUAAAUCUUGCACAUGUUGCACUCGCCAACGGCUAUGCUGGCGCCUGGUCGGACCCCUACUACAAUACGGCUGGACCAACUGAUCAACAAGGUCACGGUUCUCACAUCGCAGGAGUAAGCGUUGGACGUGCCAAUGGGAUCGGUGUCGCACCUGGAGCCAGGUGGAUUGCUUGCCGCGGAUUGAAUCAUCAAGGUUCCGGAACUGAAGCCGUUCUCACCCAAUGCGUAUUUUUCGGUGUCGGAAGCUCAGGAUCGUUGAGUCGAUCUGCCAACUCUCCAGGAGAUCUGCCGAGCGUGAUUGCUGUCGGUGCCACCACCAAUACCGACGCGGCGGCAACUUUCUCUUCGAGAGGGCCAUCUUCAUCAGGACUACUGAAGCCUGACUUCUGCGCUCCAGGGAAUAACAUUGUUUCUUGUGGAACGGGUGCUAAUAACUAUGUGACCAUGUCCGGAACUUCAAUGGCAGUCCCACAUGCAGCUGGAGCAGUCGCCAUUAUUGUCUCGGCUAAUCCAGCCUGGACCUUCGCCGAGGUCUACGACGCCCUUGCAACCACGGCGGUGGAAACACCACUGUCUGACUCGGAUAGGAACUGCGGCCUUCCAGGUGACACUGAUUACCCGAACUAUGCAUGUGGUCAUGGACUUAUUGACGUCGCUGCGGCUAUUGGUUUAUAA